CUGUUCCUUUCCUCCAACGGAACUCUGAAGAACUGAGCGGAAAAGGAGCGGGGCCUAGCUGAACGCCCGCUCUGGCCACGCCUUCUUUUGACUUCAGACCGUACAGAGGGAACGAUGGCGGCGGUGCUGGGUGUUCGGUGCGGCGGACGAGCCAGACCUGUCUUGAGGGUGGUUUCUACGACUACGCGGCUUUUAAGCCAUGGAACAAAAGUAAUGUAUCAAGCUGACAAUCCUCAAGCUGCUGCUUUUUCACCUCUUCAGAAAGUGAUGUUGCGACCAGAUGCUUUUCAUGGGAAAGUGGCCUUUAUCACGGGUGGUGGUACUGGCCUUGGAAAAGGAAUGGCAGCUGCUCUUUCUGCUUUGGGAGCAGAGUGUGUUAUAGCAAGCCGGAAACUUGAUGUGUUGAAACAAACUGCAGAAGAAAUUUCUUCUAAAACUGGAAAUAAGGUUCAUGCAGUUCAGUGUGAUGUGAGAGAUCCAGCAUCGGUUAGCAAUGCAAUUUCUCAGUCAAUUGAUGCAGCUGGACAUCCCAAUGUUAUAAUAAAUAAUGCAGCUGGAAAUUUUGUAUCUCCUUCUGAACGUCUUUCUGCAAAUGCAUGGAAGACGAUCACUGAUAUUGUUCUUAAUGGUACUGCUUAUGUAACUCUGGGAAUUGGGAAAGAACUGAUUAAAGCGCAGAAAGGAGCAGCGUUUCUGUCCAUUACCACAAUCUAUGCAGAAAGUGGGUCUGGGUUUGUGUCACCAAGUGCUGCUGCCAAAGCCGGCGUCGAAGCCUUGUGCAAGUCUCUUGCAGCAGAAUGGGGUAGAUACGGCAUGAGAUUCAAUGUGAUUCAACCUGGUCCAAUCAAGACUAAGGGAGCUUUUAGCCGUCUUGACCCAACAGGUGCAUUUGAGAAAAAAAUGAUCGACAGAAUUCCUUGUGGACGCCUGGGGACAGUAGAAGAAAUUGCAAAUCUUGCUACCUACCUCUGUAGUGAUUAUGCAAAUUGGAUUAACGGAGCAGUCAUUAGAAUGGAUGGUGGUGAAUACGUAUCUAUGGCUGGAGAGUUCAAUGAACUACUCAAGGUUACUGAGGAACAAUGGAAUAUGAUGGAAGAAAUGAUAAGGAAAACAAAAGGCUCAUAACUUUCUUUUAAACUAUAUUUUAUAUCAAAAUUCUUUCAAAAAGCACUGAUUUAUAAAUUACACUGAUGCUGAUAAUGAUCUUAAUAAAUAACUUUUAAUAUGCUUGUAAA